CUAUUUUUACGAAGUAUUAGUGAGUACGUAUAAAGCAAAUAGUAAAAGGACAGAAAUUAGGCCGUACAUAAAAGUACCUCAUCGAGGACUUACAGGGAACAGGUAUACAAAAAAAGACAUAUGAUGAACGUGAUACUGCCAAAUGACUUUCACUUGUGAGGAAACCUGUAAUCGGGUACUUUACAUGAUAAAAUAACACAGCAUUUUCAAUACAACACGAGGAGACUGUAGAAAAGAUGGGGGCGGCUGGAUACAUCGGUGCUGCAGCAGUUUUCACUGCCAUAGCCCUCCUUAUGUCAGCGCUUGGUUUCGCCACUGACUUUUGGCAAUACAACGUUGUGGACAGGGCGGCCCUCAAGACGUCCACUGUUAAAGCUGUGGGGGAAAAUAUAAAUACGAAUCCUGAAUAUUUCACCAGGAACCAAGGACUUUUUAGGGAGUGUUUUCCAGGGAAUGAUACAACGUUUCUUGAUUCAUUAGACCAAUCUAGGUUGUUGGAUGGAUACUGUGUCUACGUGGAUUUGAGAUGGACAGAGACGAUAGCGACAACCGCAAAUGAGUCUGAGGACUAUUGGGCAAGAUUACAUUUGCUGAGGGCAUGGAUCGUGUUCUUGGGAUUGUCGCUUGUUUUCCUGCUAGCUGCUUGUAUAUCUGGGGCAGUAGCAUGUUGGAAGACCAGUGAGGGGGUCGCCAGGACGUCGGGCUUCCUAGUUUUUGUAGCAGCAUUUUUCUUGGCAGGUGCUAUGGCUUUUUUCCAUGGAGCAGAAUACCUGGAGAAAAAUAUUAUACAAGAUACCUCUAAAACAGAAAUUUAUAACGUGUGGCCCAAUGACUUAAAAAUUGCAACUGCUCGAAAAUAUGGUUGGUCAUAUAUCGUCACAUGGACUGGCUUCGCAUGUUCUGCAGUUGGCGGGAUCUUGUAUCUUGUCGCCGCCUCUAAAAUCUCAGAGAAGAGAUGGCGAGAAAAGAGGGUCACCCAUGUGUACGAUAACUACAGCAGUACUGGGACCAAGUAUCCACCACCAGAGAGAGAUUUCAGAGGGAACGGUCAUGUACAAGAUUACCCCCGGGAGUCCCGCGCAGUACAAGAUUACCCCCGGGAGUCCCGUGUAGUACAAGAUUAUCCCCGGGAGUCAAGGGACUACCGUACUAUGCCCGAGCAACGUGGACCCCCAGCGGAUGACUACUAUUACCAGA